CUGUGUUUGGUUGUGGGGCAAAAUCGCAAAAAAUAAAAUAAAAUUCAACCAAACAGCACACAGAUCUGUCAUGAAGGAUACCAUCAAGGAGAAGGGUCAUAUUCUCCGUCCGUACGCUUCUUCUCAGUCCCAGACCAAAAGCUUUUGCUUGACAAGCUCUUUGUUUUGUCUCUUUUUUAAUUUUGUUUAGAGAGAGAGAAAAGGUGGGUUAUUGGGGAGAGAGAGACAUAGAGAGAGAAACGCAGACAGAGAGUUAAGAGCCUUUAGAGGAUGUUUGAAUUGAGAGAAGGCUCUUGCUUUCCAAGGGUCUUGGUGGGUGUGAAUGUGGGUCUUGCUCUCGUUGAUGGCAUUAUAGCUGUUCUUGCAUUUUGUCAGUUAAUCAGGAUUCACUCAAGGAAUUCACAACUUGGCUGGACUCGCCAAAAAGUUUUUCAUCUGUUGAUUGGCUCUUCUAAUUUGGGUUGCUUAGUUUAUUUUGUAUUAACUCUUUUUGCUGCUUGCAAGGGGUGGCAAUGUUGGUCUAACUCUUGUGGUUUUAGCCUCAUGGCAUUACCCAAAAUUCUGUUUUUUGCUGCAUUUCUUCUACUUUUAUCAUUCUGGGUUGACCUGUGCCAUCAGGCAGAUGAUGAGGAUGAGGAGGAUGAAGGGAGUUUUCAUGAAGCUUUGUUGGAGAAGACAUUUAGCAAACGGAAUUCAUUGGAAACAGAUAGUCAUAGAAACUGUUUUCCUCUGCGUUUUGUUCAUAUUGGAAGCCGCCAGAGAAUUGUAAUUCUGGUUACCGUGGUAGUUUUUGUUAUAAUGGUGGCAUGUGCAGUGAUAAUCUGGAUCGGGAUGGGAAAAAAUCCUAUUGAUUCUGCAGUGGUGGCUCGGGUAUACGUAGAUCUCUUUGCAAUAGCAAUACUAUUGUUAGGAGGAGCAUUAGCAUGUUAUGGAGUCCUAUUAUGCUUGAGAAUGAGAAACGUUAGAUCUGAGAGAGCUUCUUCUGAGAUGUGGAAGGUUGCAGGUUUAUCUGUUGUUUCCAUUCUAUGUUUCGCCUCAAGCUCCUUCGUGGCUCUAUUAACUGAUAUUCCUAUGCUUUACCAUUGGCAUCAACAGCGUUUGAAUGAUGUUUAUACUUCUCUUUUACUGAUUUUAUAUUAUUUUGUAGGUUCAUCAAUACCGUCAGCAUUUGUACUAUGGAUCGUGAGAGAAUUACCACCCUCGAUAACAGCUAACAUACGAGAAGAACCAACUACAUUAACUUUCGUCAGUGAUGGUUCCACAUCAUUACAACAUCCUCAGAGCUGGACUACUGCAAUGAGCUUGCGGAACCAGUACGGUAGCUAGAUUUUACAGUAACAGACCUGUUUGAAAUCUCCGUUUUGUUUGUAAGGUAAGUAAUUCAGGUUUAUGCUCGUUAAGUUUGGGUUUCAGGUGCAGAUAUCAAGAGCAAGUCCCAUAUAACACUUCUCCUCUAUGCAAAGUGUGCUGUCUCACUAACGUUCCUGCGUGCAAAGCAUGUCCUUCCUCUCCCAAUUUAUGAAGUGAGCUGGAAUCAGUGAAGAAUUAUGUCGGAUAAACUCUGACACCGAUAUGACAAGAUCUAUUGGGAGUUUGAGUUACAUCGUUGACAGGCAAUUUGUGUACAGCCAUAAGUCACGCUUGCCAUGUUUUUGACAUUCUAGGGAUGUACAUAGCAACAAUAUGCUAAUUGAGGGGUUUAUUUAUUUAUUUAUUUUUUCUGUUUUGAUAGUACUUU